CCCGCUUCAAACAUCUAUUUAUUCCUCCAAACUCCCUCCCCUUCCCACCACAAGGAAAUCAAACUUUACUCUCUCCCACCUCUCUAUCUCUUAGCAUUCAUCAUUCCCAAGGAAAACAUGGGUUCUGCUUGGAUUUUGCUUAUUGUUUCUCUCUCAUUGCUCUCUAUAGUAGUACAUGGGUACAAUGGAGGAGGAUGGUCCAGUGCCCAUGCUACUUUCUAUGGUGGAAGUGAUGCAUCUGGGACAAUGGGUGGGGCAUGUGGGUAUGGAAAUCUAUACAGCCAAGGAUAUGGGACUAACACAGCAGCACUGAGCACAGCUCUAUUCAACAAUGGGCAAAGCUGUGGGGCAUGUUAUGAGAUGAGGUGUGUGAAUGACCACAGAUGGUGUCUCCCUGGUUCCAUUGUGGUCACUGCCACAAACUACUGCCCCCCAAACUAUGCACUCCCAAACAAUGCAGGGGGGUGGUGCAACCCUCCCCUCCAACAUUUUGACCUCUCUCAGCCUGUUUUCCAGCAAAUUGCUCAGUAUAGGGCUGGGAUUGUCCCUGUUUCCUAUAGAAGGGUCUCUUGCAGGAAGAGAGGGGGAAUAAGGUUCACCAUUAAUGGCCACUCUUACUUCAAUCUAGUGCUGAUCACCAAUGUUGGAGGAGCUGGAGAUGUUCAUGCAGUUUCCAUCAAGGGAUCGAGGACCAAUUGGCAACCAAUGUCGCGAAACUGGGGCCAAAAUUGGCAGAGCAGUUCUUAUCUUGAUGGCCAAUCACUCUCUUUUAAGGUCACGACGAGCGAUGGACGAUCUGUCGUCUCCUACAACGUGGCUCCGGCUAGUUGGUCUUUCGGCCAAACUUUUAGUGGAGGCCAAUUAAAUUGAAACCAUAGUCAUAUUUCUACUAUGAUCUGCACUAAAGUUAGUAAAUAUACAUAUAUGUUAAGUUUGAUUAAGCAGAUAAGAAGGGCUCAUUUUACUGCGGCUUUUCGUAUUAUACUAUCAGAUUAAAUGUGGCUUUGUAGAAGGGUUUCUAUGAAGCUUUCUUAAGACUGCUUCAGGAGAACAAAAGGGCUUCUCUUUGAUUUGUAGUAAUUGGCAGUGGUAGGAUUUUACCGCCCGCUGAUCUUUCCUUUUUCUUCACUUUUCUUUUUUAUUUGUGUGCUUUAGUAUGCUGAAAGGGUAAGCUCUGAAAGAGCUUCUUCCCCAAGUUGUUUUAAUGAGUUGGCUGUUGAAUGUAACUUGUUUAGUUUGUACCAUCUACAUCAUUGUACUACUUUUACUACCUUAUAUGAAGAUCUAAUGUUUGUAUCAA